AUGCAGGCCAACCUCCUCGAAAUCGCCUGGCAUGACAAGGCGCCCGUCUGGAGCAUAGACAUAUCGCAAUCCAAUCGUGUGGUCACGGCAGGCGGUGACAAAGUCGCCCGAGUCUGGCGUCUCUCCAACACUCCCGCCCUUCGAGUGAAGCCCGUCGAAUGGCUCUGCGACCUCCGCGCCCACCUCACAACCGUUAAUAUCGCCCGAUUCUCCCGCUCCGGCUUGGCAAUCGCCACAGCCGCCGACCAGGGCGACAUCGUUAUAUGGCGUCUUUCAUCCGACACUGAUGCCGCAGCUGCGCCGACCCCGCUGCAAGUUGCAUCGGAGGGAACCGACGCUGCACCCACCCCGCAGGAACGCUGGGUUCAUGAAACAACCUUGCGCGGUCAUCAUCAAGAUGUCCUCGACUUAUGUUGGUCCUCAGACGGCUCCACUCUCAUCUCAGCCAGCGUUGAUAACACCAUCAACAUCUGGGAUGCUUGUAAUCCCAGCGCCCGGCCAAACGUCAUUCGCGCCCAUUCUAACUAUGUCCAAGGCGUUGCCAUUGAUCCUCUCUCAAAGGUUAUUGCCUCACUCGGAAAUGACAGGGCUCUUCGCAUUUUUGCCAAGGCCGGCGCUGUCCCAUGGGCCCAGGUCGCAGUCGCAACUGCCAUCACGGCCGAUUCCAAACUCUUCGCCAACGAUACGCAGUUUAAAACCUUUUUCAGAAGGCUGCAUUGGAGUCCUGACGGCUCCGUGUUAGCUUGUCCAUCUGGACUGCAAUUUCCAGAAUCUGAGCGCAUGUUUGCUGUUCAUUUGUUUGCCCGAAAUCACUGGUCACUCCCGGCUGUGCAAUGCGGUGGUCUGAAAACCCCUGCCUGUGCUGUGCGCUUUAGCCCAGUCCUGUAUGCAUUGCGACAGCAAGAGACCAUAUCUGACGACAAGACAACUGUACAAUCCCAUUCCCAAUCAUGUCCAUCAUCCUCGUCAGUUCAGAGAGAUGGGGAAGUAAGCUCCAACGAUGUUGAAAAGAACAAACCGCAGAAGAAGCCCGAGCCUUUCGAAGGCUUCACAUAUCGCAUGAUUUUUGCUGUUGUUUGUGCCAACGAAAUUUUGUUCUACGACACCGACGCGCUCACGAGACCGUUUGCGACCGUCGAAGGCUUGCAUUGCGCGGAACACACGGAUGUUGCAUGGAGCGAGGAUGGACUAACUGUUAUGUUGAGUUCAGUAGAUGGCUAUGUGAGUGUUAUUACAUUUGCGGAGGAAGAUCUGGGGUCUCGAUUGGGUGAGCAGCAAAUGCCGAGAUGGCUUCGAGAAUACAGUCUGCAGAGGCAGCAUUUGGAUACGGGAAGGCCUGUCAACGCGACUCGGGUGAUUGUUCCCAAUGCGGUGACUCCGCGAUCAUCUAAAGUUCUGCCACGAUCGGAUUCUAAGAAUAUGAAGGCUGACGCGGCCGUGCCAGUGAAAAUCAGUUAGGAGGGGCAUUCAAGUGAAAGUUCAACCAACGAGUCUAAAUUGAGUCUGGAGGUGUUAAUGUGUUUACAAUUGGAGGUCUCAUUGAAUGAAUCUCAUUGAAUGAAUCCUCCAAGCUCGAAAGAAUGGACACCAUGGCGUUGAACGGUACACGAACAUACCUGUUCCGCCUCCCCGAAAGACACAAUUCUUCGCGAUGCCUCAAAAACUUUGAAGGAUUUAAAUGGAACUGCAUAGACAAGCUUUACCGCGCUUUAUGCAAUCGCACCAGCAUUGCCUAAGGGGUAUAAUUAUGGAAUGCUCUCUGCCUGCUUUGAUCUGGCCUCGCAGACACCCUGCGCCAUCGCACCUGAGUAAUAAGCCUACUGUGCUGGACUCGCGGAUCAUAUCAAAGAAGAGCAUCAAGUGAAAGGACGGACGGAUACUUGAGCGCGCAUCAGAUUCAUUCGUUUUCAAAUUCUACCAAGGGGGGGCCCUGCGAGUUUUCUCUGUAGCUCAUAUUCUGCCGUUACGCCCAACGCUUUCCUUCUACGGUCGCACCACAUCCCUGUACGACGCGUUUCAAAACGGGGCUGUAUAGCUUGUCGGAAAGAUAUUUUUGUACUGUACUGUAGGGCAGCGUUUGUACGCCGUACCCAAGGGUACUGGCUACAAUAUUAUUAACUGUACAGUACAGUAGUGCUUUAGUAUGAGACGCAACAUUGAACAAUACCUUUCCUCGUUGCUUCUCAUCUAUUCCCU